GCAUUCGAACUACUUAAUUCCCAUCGCCAUUCGCCCUAAUUUUCAUAUCGACAGAUUUUGGGUGUUAUGGCCUCUCAACACCAUGAAGUUAGCGAGAACGAAGGAAGUCCAGAGGGUAGCAACGACUUCUAUCCGAAUAGGAACUCAAAAGCUGACAGGUCUAGACGCAUAUGGUCGGUCCGUGAAGAAGAGAUCCUAAUGGCAACUCUAAAGGAGUUGGCAGCUAAUGGAUGGAAAUCCGACAAUGGGUUUCGCUCUGGUUACCUGGUACGCGCGAGGGAGGCGAUUAAGCGUGAAUUUCCAAAUACCAAUAUCCUCCCACACCCGCACAUCUACUCCAAAAUAACUACUUGGAAGAGGAGUUAUGGAUCACUAAAGAUGAUGCUAAACCACAGUGGCAUUGGCUUCAAUUCGGAUGGUACAUACCGAAUUGAAGCCGAUGAUGAACAGUGGGCACUUUUUUGCAAGAAAGACAGACAUGCGAAGUACAUGAGGAACAAAUCGUGGCCUCAAUACGAAGACUGGAAGGAGGUGUUUGGUCAGGACCGUGCGGAUGGUGAACGUGGUAUAGACGUGUCUGCUGCUGCGGGUACAAUAUACGGCCAACAAAAUGAAGUUCCAGUCGAUGAGCCAUUUCCCCCCACAUGACGUUUGCAGAGCUAUUUCCUGGCAAGCCAAUC